AUCACAUACACCAAUGCCCAAAGAAAAAGUGGAAAAUUCAUCAUCAAAUUCACAACUCGGUCGCAGAUUUCCAGUUCACAAUCACGCUUAUCAAAUGCACAACACAAUAAACUAAAUGAGAACACAAAUUCAAUCCACAAAGAGAUGAUUUAUGGCUAGAAAUGGAGGAAAUUCAUUACAGAGCGCAGGCGAAGAAGAGAGCGAAGAGGACGGCGUAGUUUUGGGCGAAUCGCUUGACGUUCUCGUGGACGCGGAGCCGAGCCUGCGACGGCGAGGACGGGAACGAAUACGACUCGUACGAGCCGAAUAACGCCGCGGUCCAGCUCGGCAUGGUGCCGGUGAAGUCGCUGGCGGCGAGCUUCGAGAAAGGGCUGAAGGUGAGGAGCGACAGGAGGGUCCAGAUGCGAGAGAGGAGCUGCGAGGCAAGGUGUACACCGUCGGAACCAAUCGCCGCUGCGGACUCGGUGGUCCCUGCGGAGGAGAGGCGGUGGAGGUCGGUGGUGCGCUGGUCGAGGACCUCGAGGUAGCCUGAAUCGCGGAGCCACGACUCGAAAGCGGGUUCGGGUACGCUCAGGGAGAGCGGGUUCGGGUCGAACACCAUUUCUUUCCGGCGGCGGUUUGCCGGCGAACCACCGGAUUUUAUCACCAUAGCCCUUUUUUUGGUUUUCUUUUUCCGUACUUAAAAUAUCGUUUCUUUUUUCAGUACUCUCCCACUAGCUCACUCAUCCCCAAAUAUUCGUCCAUGUCACACCCACUCUCCUCCCUCCGCAGUCAUUUCAUCAAACACAUAACGUGCCACAAUCCCUCCGCCGCUUUCUUCUCCGUUCGCCGCCGCAUCCGUUCUCCCCAACCGCGCCGCCGCUUCACAUUCGUCCCCUCACCCAACGCGGCCCGGGAAAGCCAUUUAUCGAGGUUCAACACCGCCGUCUCUAGUUAUUCCACACUGCCAUCGAGCAAUGGCGCCACCGUCACCGACGCUGCGUACACUUCGUCGUACCUCUCAGUCCGCAUUUCCUGCCCCAGACGAGUUGCUGACAUGCUUUCGGAGUCUCUUCUGUGUUUUGGAGCUACCUCGACCACCGUUGACGAGCAAGAUGAUCACGGGGAUGAUGAAAAGGCAAAACUUUCCCACAUAUGGAUCAGUUCUACUUUCAAUGUCGACCAGGAUGUGAAAAACUGUGUUGUUAGAGCUUCGGAUUCAGUUGGGCUGAAAGAGUUACCUAUUUACAAAGUCGAAAUACAUGACCACACUGAUUGGAUCAAACAAACUCAGGAAUCUUUUCAUCCAGUGGAAAUUAAGGAAGGACUUUGGAUUGUGCCUGAAUGGAGGAAUCCCCCUGAUCUUGAAGCAAUAAACAUAAUUUUGAAUCCUGGUUUGGCAUUUGGAACUGGAGAACACCCCACAACAAAAUUGUGUUUAUUGCUACUUCAUCGACUAAUAAAAGGAGGAGAAAAAUUUCUCGAUUAUGGUACAGGGUCGGGUGUUCUCGCUAUAGCAGCACUUAAGUUCGGGGCCGAAUUUUCAGUUGGAUUCGACAUAGAGCCCCAGGCGAUUACAUCAGCCCGGCAUAAUGCUGCUCUGAACAACAUAGAACAACACAAAUUGCUCCUCAGUCUUGUUCCCACCAAGAACGGUCCUAACUUCGAGAGUGAAUGUCCAGUCGAGCAAAAUCCAUACAAUCCGAAGAUUAUUGCCGAGAAAGAAACGUAUGAUGUUGUUAUUGCUAAUAUAUUAUUACACCCACUGCUCGACUUGGCUGAACGUAUAGUCUUGUAUGGAAAACCCGGAGCCACUAUUGGCGUUUCUGGGAUAAUAUCCGACCAGGUUCCGAUUGUGAUAGAACGCUAUUUGCAGUUCCUGGAGAAUGUCGAUGUGACGAUGAUGGAUGAUUGGGCUUGCAUAAGUGGGACAAAAAAAAGAUAAAUGCAGCAGGCAUUACUAGUUAAAUCUGCACUCUGCAGUCUCAUAUGUUGG